CAACAUACAAAGAGAAACUUUUGAGGGACCAUUGGCUUUCCACUUUCCUACUAUUCUCUCUUCUUGUGUGUGUGCGUGCGUGCCUAACAUUCUUUGAAAAAGAAAUCCCCCAUUUCAAGACUUAACAUUCUCAGAAUCUCAACACAAAUAUUAUUAAAUUUAUUUGAUAUUUCAAAGCUCCAUCAACGCCUUCUUUCACGUCUCCACUCGUUUUCAUAUCUCUGUUUAAUUUAUAGGAAAAACCCAUAAUACCCCAUUUCUUAUAUAGUGGAGUAUGACCCUUUACCUUCCAAAGCUUCGAUCUUGAAUCUGUGUUUUGAAACAAUGAAGAGUAGACAUAGUGUUAAAGUAUCUGUAAAAUGGAUACCCAUUUUCUCAAUUGCUUUCUUCUUCAUUGGUAUGCUAUUUUCUAACAGAUUGUGGUCUGCAAGUGAAUCUGGGAGUCAGCUAAUAGCUCAGCAUAGAAGGGACCAAGAACUUCAAGUUGUUUCUGAGGAUUGUAAUGACAAAAAGAAGAAACAAGGACAAGAUAAGGAUGUAAUGCAAGAGGUGUACAAAACCCAUGAAGCAAUUCAAUCAUUGGACAAGUCAAUUGCUAUGCUUCAGAUGGAGUUGGCAGCCACUAGGAGUACACAAGAGACAAAGGUGGUUGAUCAGUCUUCCAAUUCUUCGAAUGGCCCUCCAAGGAAGAAAGUUUUUGUGGUAAUUGGAAUUAAUACUGCUUUUAGCAGUAGGAAGAGGCGGGAUUCGGUUAGAGAAACUUGGAUGCCUCAAGGGGACAAGCUUCGCAGACUGGAGAAAGAGAAGGGAAUUGUUGUCCGCUUCAUGAUUGGUCACAGUGCAACAUCUAAGAGCAUACUGGAUCGCGCUAUUGAUUCUGAAGAAGCUCAACAUAAAGACUUCCUCAGGCUGGAGCAUGUUGAAGGAUAUCAUGAGCUCUCUGCCAAAACUAAGAUUUUCUUUUCUACUGCUGUUGCAAAAUGGGAUGCUGAUUUCUACGUCAAGGUUGAUGAUGACGUCCACGUCAAUUUGGGCAUGCUAGCUGCAACUCUAGCUCGUCAUCGGUCCAAGCCCAGAAUUUACAUUGGGUGUAUGAAAUCUGGACCUGUUCUUGCUCAAAAGAGUGUUAAGUACCAUGAGCCAGAGUACUGGAAAUUUGGAGAAGAUGGAAACAAAUACUUCCGACAUGCAACCGGUCAGAUCUAUGCUAUCUCCAAGGACUUGGCCACAUACAUAUCAAUCAAUCAGCCUAUAUUGCACAAGUAUGCGAAUGAAGACGUGUCACUAGGGUCUUGGUUUAUCGGUCUUGAAGUUGAGCACAUUGAUGAACGCACUAUGUGCUGUGGAACUCCUCCAGAUUGUGACUGGAAAGCUGAGGCAGGUAAUGUAUGUGUUGCCUCCUUUGACUGGAGCUGCAGUGGAAUUUGUAAAUCAGUAGAGAAGCUAAAAUAUGUCCACGAAAAGUGCGGGGAAGGGGAAGAAGCUCUUUGGAAUGCUCUCUUCUGACUUUGCUUGAGAAAUAGAGGGUUAAUGAUUCUUGCUGAGACAUAGCUGUCGGACGAUAUCCAUCUCGCUGGCUGUUUUUGAUUGCCAAAAUUUUCCACCGAAAACGUUUAGUCCAGCAGUUUGUAUAAUAUGAAACUGUUAGAUUGAAAAGAGCAUGUUUGUUGUAGAAUAUAUCCUUUUUGCUAAUUCCUUUCAGCAUACGAGAGGACCUUUAGAUGUGUACUCACAUUCUUUAUGGUGGAGCUAUUGUAAUUCUGGUGGUGGGGAGGUUCAGCUGUUGUUAUCUUAUUUGGUGCUUAUUCUAGUUUGUGAGUACAUUUUUAGUUGCGAUGAAGUUUUGAGGAAAGAAAAGAAAUUUAUGACACAGUAGUUCUUGCUC